CUUGGCCAGCCAGGGCACGCGGUACAUCUUCCCCUCGUACGUCACCGUGUCGAGCUCCGGCACUUGUUCCCGCACCGGCGGCACCUUCUGUCGAAAACCACUUUGAUCCUCAUGAAUAAAGUCUUUGAGAACAUACUUAAGUCUUUCUGCUAAAAUCGAGUGGCAAAAACGGGACUCUCUGCUGGAAGUACUUUGAAGGGUUAAAGCCAGAAGGAAAGCCAGAAGGAGUUCAGACACAGUUCAGUCCCUGCUGUUGCCAGGGGAAUUGAUUGAAAGGCUGUCUGGCUUGAAGAACGGCUGACAAAGACAAUGGAUGACAUUGAAGAUGACUGGCUGUCACUCAAGCCCCAUGAACCAUUGCCAUCUCAGUGCUGCGGCAGUGGCUGCAAACCCUGCAUCUAUGAUGUGUACCAGAAGGAGCUGGAGCAAUGGGAAAAGGCCAAGGCAAAACAAGACAGAAGCCUCUUGACCAGAAAGAAGCCACAAAGCAGGAAUUCAGAACUAGCUCCAGAAAUGUUUACAGCUUUCAUCAUAAGCUCUGUGGAUCAGCUGACAGAGGACACCUACCAGUAUAAAUUUGAAUUGCCUGGAAAUAGCAGCUUGGGGUUGAGUUUAGGACAACAUAUUGUGCUAAGAGGAGUAGUGAAUGGUUUGGAGAUUCAGCGAGCCUAUACUCCAAUUACUCCUGUGAAUGCUGAAGGAUACUUUGAAGUUUUAAUAAAGUGCUAUGAAGGUGGACUAAUGUCGCAAUAUGUAAGAUCUUGGAAACAUGGAGAAGCAGUAUCUUGGAGAGGGCCAUUUGGAGGCUUCCCUUACAGACCCAAUCAGUAUGGACAACUUCUUAUGCUUGCUUCCGGUACUGGCCUAGCACCAAUGCUUCCCAUUAUCCAGCACAUAACAGACAAUGAGAAUGAUGAAACAUUUGUAACCCUGGUAGGCUGCUUCAGGAAUUUUGAAAAUAUUUACAUGAAGUCUCUUCUUCAAGACCAGUCACGAUUCUGGAACAUAAGGACAUUUUACGUUCUAAGCCAGGAACACUCACUUGAAAACCUGCCUUGGAGCUAUCAAAAGAAUACACAUCUGGGCCGGAUCAAUGAGAACUUGAUAAGAAGUAUGAUGAAUACAUGUAGAAGGCAACCUUUCGUACUGAUAUGUGGCUCAGUAUCCUUUAGUGAUGAUAUGGAGAAAUGUUUAAAAGCCAUAGGUUUUCAAGAAGAUUCAUAUUUUGUAUUUUAGAAAAUGUUUGUAUCUGAUAACAUAUAGCAACAAUAAAGAACAUCAAAUAAAUCACA